AUGACCGCAUUCAGAGGUCUGGUGCUUAUAGCUCUAUCGAGUUUGGUGUACUCAGAUUGUGUGAUUCCAGCAGAAUUACAAGAAGCUUGGGGCUAUGUUGAUGUGCGCCCAAAAGCUCACAUGUUUUGGUGGUUUAUGAAAACCCCUUGUGGUGAUGUUGAUAAUCGUCCUAUUGUUAUUUGGCUGCAGGGUGGUCCUGGAGGAUCUGGCACAGGAUAUGGAAACUUCAUGGAGAUUGGACCACAAGACAACAACCUUCAACCAAGAAACUACACCUGGUUAAAAGAAGCUAGUCUGCUCUUCAUAGACUCCCCAGUUGGAGCAGGCUUCAGCUACGUGGACGAGGAGGAUGCCUUCACAACCACAGUUUACGAAGUUGCAGAUGACCUGGUGACAGCUCUAGGUGAAAUCAGCACCAUGCUUCGUGCAAAGCACUACAACGGAUCUAGCCUACCACCCAUCUUCAUAUUCUCUGAGUCAUAUGGAGGUAAAGUAGCACCAGUACUUGGCAGUAAGAUUAUUGAGGCUCAAAGUAAAGGCUUCCUGAGUGAUGUUAAACUGGAAGGUGUAGUUAUAGGAGAUGGUGCGGUCUCUCUCGUGGAUUCAGCUUCAAUGUGGCCAGAAUAUUUGUUUCAGACAAGUCAGGUAGACUAUCAGCAAUACAGUACUAUGAAAGUCAUGGUUCAAAACAUGGAGGAGGCUUACUUAAGAGCAGAUUACAAUGCCUCCUUCUUCCUUAUUGCAGAUCUUAUGACGACUAUUGAAAAUGUUACCGAUGACGUGUCCUUAUACAAUAUAGCCUACCACCACCAGCCUAGCCCAUCCCUUAAAACAGAUGUGGAGGCUCACUGGAGGAAUGUAGAAAGUAUGAAGCAUCUGAAAAACUAUGACAAGAUGACAAGAUCGGAAAAGAAGGCGUAUUUUAGAUCGCUUAAAAAGAACACGGAACCGUCGAGGCGGCUAACCGUUGACUAUAACGGGAAAAAUUUGGAGAAGCUGAUGGACAAAAAAAUGAGGAAAAAGUUUGGCAUUAUUCCAAGGAAUAUCACGUGGGGAGUGCAGUCAAUUCAAUGUUAUAUCAGCCUGGGUGAUGAACUAAUAAUGGAUGUCAUAAAAUCAGUUGACGACUGUUUAGCAAAUGGUGUUAGAGUCAUCGUUUAUAAUGGAAUGCUAGAUUUGAUCAUUAAUUCUGCAGGACAAGAAAAGUGGAUAAAUAAGCUGACUUGGCCAAGCUUGGAGGAUUAUUACCAACAAGAAAGGAUUCCACUCUACCCACCAUCGUUGGUAAAAGAGCAGAAAACAGGAGCUUUCCACAAAGCUUACAAGAACUUUGAAUACUACUGGGUACUCAUGAGUGGACAUAUGGUACCAAUUGACGCACCUGAAAUGCUGCUAGAAAUUGUCCGAAGAAUUCUCAAUAAUGAAUAA